UGCUCGAAUAAAGUCGGACUCAACGACAUCAUGGCUGUCAGUAUAAAUUUGUCCAUUGCAAGAUGAACUUUCCCUCAGUAAAAAUAGCUAAUAAAAGGGUCCUUUUAUCAAUUUGUCUAUUAAGAAGGGUGAUGCUUAGUAGGAAACGAUACAUAAUGUUGCACGAAAUUAAUUAGACUCUAUUAAACGCAGUUUCAACUAGCAAGCCAUUUUUGCUUCCACGAAUUAACCAAUCCGGAAAACAACAAAGAUGACUUCGAGUAGAUUGGACCGAUUGUUCGUCCUGCUAGAAACGGGAAGUUCCGCGGUAACAAGAUCAGCAGCAGCAAAACAACUUGGCGAAGUGCAGAGAUUACAUCCGCAUGAAUUAUCAACUUUACUAUGUCGCACUGUCACAUACCUUCGCUCUAGUAACUGGGAAACUCGUAUUGCUGCCAGCGAUGCCAUCCGAGCAAUUGUCAGCAAUGUACCCCAAUGGAAUCCUAGGGGAACUGAUGUGAAGAGUGAAGAGUACGAUGGUGCGUCAAUGACAUCCUGUGUUGGUAGACUGAGAUUUGAGGAGUUUGACAUGUCCAAAGUGCUUGCUAAUAGUUCGCAUUUAAUGGCCUCGGAAGGGAAGGAGUUUGAUCUCGAGGAAGAUUCAGCUAUGGGGCUGGAAGUAAAAGAGCGCUUGGCAAAGCAAAGACAAUUACUAAACAGCAGAUUAGGCUUGGAUGUGGCCGCCAAAAUUGGCUUUGAUACCUGUUCCCUAUUUACAACAGAAGAUCUGAUGACCAACGUGGAUAAAACUGAUUCAACUCCAAUUUGCAUGAAAAUUCCGGUGAAAGAUGUGAUUUGCAACUCUGCAGAAGGUUUGAGCUGUCGCGAAAUGAAUAGAGCUAAGCGAAAGGCCAGACAAGCUGUGAAUAAGCAGAAAUCGCGCGACGUCGGCGAAGACAAUAGUUUCAAUGGAGAUGAGGUCGAUCGCAAAAAACUUAAGACUGAAAGUGACGAAAAUAUUAUUCCUUGUGAUUUCGACCUUAAUGAUUCAGUUGAUUGGCCGUUGGAGUGGUUUUGUGAUCAGCUUAGUCAUGAUUUAUUUCAUUCUAGUUGGGAAAGGCGACAUGGUGCUGCCACCGCUCUCAGGGAAAUUAUUUCCAUUCACGGGAGAGGAGCAGGAAAAGCUACAUACAUACCAGUUAAACAGAUGGACUUUUAUCACCAAGUUUGGCUUGAAGACAUGUCAAUAAGACUGCUCUGUGUUUUGGCCCUCGAUAGGUUUGGCGAUUUUGUGUCUGAUGCAGUAGUAGCGCCAGUCCGCGAAACAUGCGCUCAGGCCCUUUGUGCCGUUCUAAAGCUAAUGAAUCCGACGAAUUGCGAAAAAGUAUUAGAUACGCUUAUUCAGCUUUUGAGCCAUCAGGACUGGGAAGCUCGGCAUGGAGGUCUACUGGGUUUAAAAUAUCUUCUGGCUGUUAGGGCCGACCUAAUUGAUUCAUUGUUGCCGAAGUCAUUUCCCUAUAUCCUGCAAGGUUUAGCAGAUACUGUAGACGAUGUGAGUGCGGUAGCAGCCUCCUCAUUGAUACCGGUUGCGCCCAAAUUAACUCAGUUAGAUCUGGGUUCCGUCCCCCAAGUCAUUAAUAAACUUUGGGACCUACUAUCAGAACAAGAUGAACUAGCAGCGGCUUGCAAUAGUUUCAUGGGUCUGUUAGCAGCCAUUCUGAAUCUACCUCAAGCUCAAUCUCUCUUACCGAUACAACCUCUUAGUAAUGUGAUGCCCCGUUUGUGGCCAUUUUUGUCCCAUAGCACUUCCUCAGUGCGAAAAGCCACCUUGGACACAUUGAAAACGCUUACAGAGAAACCAUCCGAUGGAUCUAAUAUUUUAUGGGAUGCUCAGUUGCUGCAGGAUGCAAUGCGCCAUGUUUUCCAAAGACUUUUAGUGGAACCAAUUGCUGAGGUCAGAAACCUAGUCGAAAAAGUAUGGGAGAAUUUAGUGAAAAAUUCCGGCCUUGUUGAGUUGCUGCAUGCUGCUUGCCCCUUUAUAACAACGUGGUUGUUUUUGACUAUGCAGCCCACUAAAGUGCCAUUUGAUCCGAAUUUUUUUAUUCAUGCCAAAAGUCAAAAGAAACCAAACGGUUUCGACCAUUCGAUCGGGCAUCCUAAGUAUUUUAUUGGAGGCAGUGAAACAACUCCUGUGUUGACUAGAGAGGCAAACGCCGUUCAAGUUCGAUGCAUGGCUGCUCGAAUGUUAGGCCUUUUGUCUUGUUACAUAGUUCGAUCUGCCCCAGGGAUAGAUUAUAGCCAGGGUCUGGAAAAACCUAUAGACUGUUACGAAAAGGUUCUAUUAGUUCAUUUAAAUACCAAGUCAGCUUUACAGAGGCUGGUAACAGGUUUAGUUAUUUCUGAAUGGGCAACGUUAAACGCCGAAAUCGAGUGUUGUCCGCUAGAGUUAAAAAAGCGGCUGCACCAGUGCCAAGACGAAAUGUUAUAUUUUGAUGAAAUUGCGCAUAGUUUUACCAAAUUAGCACAGGAAACUCGCGAUUUUCUGGCCACUCUUAGACACUACAAAAUUCCAAUUGAAAUCGACAAUGAGCAACCUUUAACUUUGCCUCUGAUAGAGCAACUGACCGGACCGUCCACUGAUAGUAUUCUAGUCAAUAUUAAGCUUAAGUCUAAAAUUUUAAACAAUCUGCAAGAACGAAGAAGAUCGAUUCAAAGUUCGGUCAUAUCGACCGCACUAGAACAAAGAACUCUUAAUAUUAGUACAAAAGCCGCUCUCUCCGGAGCCAUUGUGAUGUUUCAAGCGCUACCAGACAAAUUAAAUCCGGUAGUAAAGCCACUUAUGGAGUCAGUCAAAUACGAACCGGAAGAAGUUCUUCAGCAGAUCGGUGCGAAACGAUUGGCAAUUUUGUUGGACUAUUGCCGAUUGAGAAAUCCAUGUCCGAAUGAGAAAAUCCUAACGAAUCUUUGCACAUUUCUACGAUGCGAUCCCGAGUAUACACCACAAAUUUUUCCAGAUCAAGAAGUAAGCUGUAGUGGUAGCGAAUUAUGGAGGCACGAAAAUUAUAACGGCGUACUGACUCUAAUCAACCAGCAGAAAAUGGCUGAAAAAGUUGCCUUUAAACGGUCCAACAGCUCAGGAAGGGGUCCAGGUAGGCCUCCAAUGAAUGAAACAAGUGUGGAAGAAGUGCCUAAAGAUGAGGAGCCUCAAAAGCUGAAUCGAAUUCAAAGGCGAGGCGCCACAUUUGCGUUGACCGCAAUAACUCGAUAUUUUGGAGCUGAACUACCGGAAAAAAUGCCCAAAUUGUGGGACCUGAUCGUUGGUCAGUUAGUCAAUACAGUGAAUCCAGGCGACUUCUUAGCGAUAUGUGGGCAAGACCAGGUCGCCCAGCAAUUGGUGUGGGAUUUACAGGUGCUGGAAGUGACCUCUUCUAGUGUGCACCAGAACAUUCUUCCGCAACUUAUGGAAAAUACCUUGGAGAGAUUGUGCUUACUUCUAUCGCAUCCUUACAGAGCCGUGAGGCACUUGAGUGCCAGAUGUUUGGCUGUAUUUGCCCAAAUUGACUCGGUUAAAGUUAUGGAAUUUGUAGUUAGUAAGAUCUUGCCUAAAUUAGGAGCAACACACUGUGAUACCGAUAGACAAGGAGCUGUAGAAGCUCUAGCGUGCAUUGUCGACAGUCUGAAAUUUGACGUAAUUCCAUAUGUAGUAUUAUUGGUAGUGCCUCUGUUGGGUAGAAUGUCUGAUCAAAAUAUGUCUGUAAGACUUAUGGGUACUCUCAGUUUCGCCACUUUGGUGCAACUUAUGCCAUUGGAUGGAAGCGUUCCAGAACCCCCAGCACUGAAAGAUAGCGUUCUAGAUGCUGAAAGAAAUAAGGAGAGGGAAUUUUUGCAGCAGUUGUUAUCACCUUCAUCUAUACCCGAUUACAAAGUCCCAAUUCCGAUAGAUGCAAAAUUGCGAACUUAUCAGCAGGCGGGUGUUAAUUGGCUGGCGUUUCUCAACAAAUACAAACUUCAUGGAAUCUUGUGCGACGACAUGGGCUUGGGAAAAACUCUUCAAAGCAUCUGCAUUUUGGCGGGUGACCAUUAUGAUCGCGACCAGAUGUACAAGAAGAACAAAUGCCCGGAUUGUGCCCCCUUGCCCUCGUUAGUUGUCUGUCCUCCAACUUUAACAGGGCAUUGGGUUUAUGAAGUCGGAAAAUUCGUCCAACCUAAAUAUCUGCGAGCUCUUCAGUACAAUGGCAAUCCGGUUGAACGCGAAAAAUUGCGAAAUAAAUUCCGAAAAUACCAGUUAAUCGUGGCGUCUUAUGACAUUGUUCGGAAGGAUAAUAAUUUCUUUUCGCACAUCAAGUGGAAUUAUGUAAUAUUGGAUGAAGGGCACGUGAUCAAAAACGGAAAGACUCGGACUAGCCUGGCCAUCAAAAGUUUAAUAGCGAAUCAUCGGUUGAUUCUGAGUGGUACCCCGAUACAAAACAACGUGCUGGAACUUUGGAGCUUAUUCGAUUUUUUGAUGCCAGGAUUUUUGGGAAGUGAGAAGCAAUUUACCGCUCGGUAUUCGAAGCCGAUAUUGACAAGCAGGGAUCCCAAAUGCUCUCCUAAGGAUCAGGAGGCUGGAGUCCUGGCAAUGGAAUCUCUACACAGGCAAGUGCUACCGUUUUUACUGCGCAGAAUGAAAGAAGAUGUUUUGGAUGAUCUACCCCCGAAGAUAACUCAGGAUUAUUACUGCGAGCUGAGUCCUUUGCAAGAACAGCUCUAUGAGGACUUUUCCAAAUCUCAAGCGCAUCAAACCUUACAAGUUCGUACCCUACUUAAAUUCCCGAGAAGUUUAUUAAAAUGCUCGUGUAAUUUCUUUCAGGAAUCAAUCACAUCCGGCGCAACAGCAUGUUCAAUCCAAGGAAACACCCAUAUAUUCCAAGCGCUCAGAUAUUUGCAAAACGUUUGCAAUCAUCCUAAGCUAGUGCUGAAUUCUGCCCAUCCCCAUUAUCAGCAAAUAAUAUCGCAGAUGCAACAGAGCAAUUCGCAGUUGGAUGACAUAAGCCAUUCGGCAAAAUUACCCGCUCUUAAACAAUUAUUAAACGAUUGUGGCAUCGGUCUGAACGACGGUGGUUUGUUUAAAGAAUCGGCCGAAAUUGCAGUCAAUCAGCACAGAGCCCUAGUUUUCUGUCAGUUGAGAGCUAUGUUGGAUAUAAUUGAGCAUGAUUUGUUCCAGAAGAAUAUGCCCAACGUUACAUAUCUAAGACUCGAUGGGUCCGUAGCGCCUGUUAAUAGGCACUCCGUUGUCACUCGAUUUAACAAUGAUCCUUCUAUUGACGUUCUUCUGUUAACAACGCAAGUCGGUGGUUUGGGUUUGAACCUAACUGGCGCAGAUACAGUGAUAUUUGUUGAACAUGACUGGAAUCCGAUGAAGGAUUUACAAGCGAUGGAUCGAGCCCAUCGAAUCGGUCAAAGGAAAGUUGUUAACGUGUACCGGCUUAUAACUCGCUCAACAUUGGAAGAAAAAAUAAUGGGAUUGCAGAAAUUUAAAGUUCAAACAGCGAAUACGAUCAUUAGUGGGGAAAAUAGUAAAAUGGAAACCAUGGGCACUGAACAGCUAUUGGAUCUAUUUUCGAAUAAACCGAAUAGCGGUAAAGACAGUAACGGAUCAGCUUCGACGUCUAACAAUGGGAUGAAGGCCAUUCUAGACUCGUUACCUGAAUUAUGGGAGCAUAAACAGUAUGAGGAUGAGUACGAUCUUUCACAUUUUAUGUCCAAAUUGAACUAGAGAAUGAGAGAAUAAAUAAACAAAAAGCAAUAACAAGUGACUUUGUUGAACCAAAGAUGUCGUUUGUAUUUAUUAUCUAUAAGUUAGUUAUCCCACUAUCUAUAAAUUAGGAUAAACACUCAAAAACAGUUGAGUGACUUGACUUUAAUAACUUUUCGCAUUAAUACAGGGUCGAUAAAUUCAUUUAUGCAGUAAUACUUAUUUGAAAGGGAAACUAAGUUAAUAUAUGCUAUCCGGUUCUAAUAUAAAUAUUUCCUACACAAAUUCCAGUAAUUCCACCUUUGAAAUAGAUUCUUAUUCGUAUUCUGAUAUUUACAAACUAAAUAUAUCAUCCAAUUUACUAAACUGUUUUUGAGUUAAUCUAAGAAUAAACCUGUUAAAUCAUUUUGCGCAUACAGUUUCUGCUCUGCAAGGCAGUGUACUUUUAGCAAUAAAUACAUCUUGUGCUUCAAGACCAAGACAAGAAUGAAUGUUUGUUCAUGCUUUUAUUUAUUUUUUUUAAUGGUUGCUCAGCUUUAUCAAAAUCCAUUCAUUCCUUGCCUAAAAGGGCAGAUUACUGUUCAUGUUAAUUUAUUUUCACAUCAUUUCAUUUAGAUUUAAGCACUUAGCACUUUGUUGGAGACAAGCACCCCAUAGAAGUAUUUUGUUAAUUGGAACAAUGUCAAGCUAAUAUUAAUAAUUCAUAUUAUUAAAUGUGGUGUUUCUUAAAAAACCUUCUGGAAUAGAAUCCAAUUGAUGUUCUUCAGUAAUAAAGAUUUGUAUUUA